CAUAUAGGUCAGAGAAAAAAUGGCUUUGCACUCGUAGCUCCUAUGUACCGUGGCAAGAAAUAAUUUUAAAUUUUAAAUGGCCUUCAGUGAUUUAUGCCACAUAAGUAACGCGUUUAAAAACGUUGAAAAUGAAGCUGAUCAGUCCGACAGAAUUAUGGAAGAAAACUCAAUGGUACGAGAUCUCAUCACAAAGAUUCUCGAUGAACCUGGACCAGAAAGUAACAGUUCCAUACAAACACCGGAAAAAACAUUAGGCGGGCUACAGUCGGGCCUAAACCAAUACGCCAAAAACGACACAGGAAGUUCAUUCUUAUCGCCGCCGUUCAACUCGUUUCAAAACAAUCCCUAUUUGAAUCAGAACGAAAACGGUUUUUACAUGCAGAAUGGAUUUUCAAACGGAUUUGUCAAUUACCCCGAGAAUGACGAUCAUUUGCUCGGCAUAGAACCGAUAAGUGACGACACAGUGACACCGGAACAGUUGAAUUUACUGCGCUUAGCCGCUCAAGAAAUUGGCGGCGCACAAUUCACGAGUCCAACAAAAUACGACGAGAAAUUCUAUAAUUUCUUCGAACCGAACCAAAGAAACUCUCUGCCAGAGACGAACCUGUUCAACAAUUUCAACCAACGGCCGAACAGUUUGAAUCUAGACGCGAAUUACUCGAACUACGAUUACACCCAAAGAUAUCCAAAUAAAUUCGACAAUUCGUUCGUGAAAGAACAGAAUACAGACCCUACGGAUUUGCUCACAUACUUGCAUCAGUUGAAUAUAUCAUUGGACAGAUCAAGAGAGGAUAAUUUGAUGCAGAACAACUUUAAAAUACCAGAAAUGAAUGGGCAUUACCCGAACGAAGAAUACAAAAUGCAAGAUGAGAGAAACAAGGUGUUUUUCAACCGUAACUUCCAGCAUCCUCCGGCAAAGUUUAACGGGGAGAGCUUUUAUCCGAAUGAAAUGAUGAAUCAAGUGGAUAGGAACGGCUUGCAGAACUUCGAUUUCAAUCAACAAGUAGCAAUGAAUUUCAAACCGAAUGGAUACCCGCAAAAUGAUUUUAUGAGGCGUGACGUUCAAGGUUAUCAAAAUGGAAUGGAUCAGAGGCAAAACUUUGAUAAUGGUAUGAAUAGAGAUCAGCAAGCAUUGGUUCGUCAACAAGAGUUGGCUCGGCAAAUGAAUAUGCUGAUGAGAAAUCGACCGCCACCGAAUCAAUUGAAUGUUGAUGUGUCGUUCCUGCAUGAGAACGCUCCAUUUAAUCUUGGUUUGAACGCGUUACUCGGCCCGAGCCCGCCAGUCCCACCGCCAGUGUUGCCAUCGCCAAUGUUGGAUAUGCCACUCGCACCGUAUUAUGCUAUGAGGAAUAUGAGGGGUGCGGUAACAUCAUCAAGCAUACUCCAUGCUCGUCUAGAUGCCUGUUACGAACAGUGGAAGCAAUUGGAACGGGAGAGAAAGCGUACAGAAGCAAGACUUGCCCUCGCUUACCCUGGAAGAGCUGUUUCUUCUUCCAACUCUAUCCCCGUACCAAGAUUACCACCUUGCCCCACAAGAGUGGACAGACUUACCGUUGAUAUGCUCCGAGAACAUACUAAAGUAUUAACAUUAAUGGGCAAAAUGGAGACGCUCCGUGCGAGUGUGUGCGUGCAGAAUAAAAAGCCAAAUAAACCGGAGGACGGGAAAAUAACGGUUUUAAAACGCGGUCAAGGGAAUGUUUCUGAACAGGAGAAGGGUUUAGAUCCGGAUACCUUCGAUCCUACCACUUGGAGGGAGGAUGUUAAGAAUAUGGCUGAAAUUGCACCGCACGGUGAAGUGGAAAGCGCAAUGUUGGCUUGGCGCAGCGCGGUCGCCGGAGUUCAAGCGGCGAGACGCAGAGAAUUAGCACCGCACCGGUAUUUGCAUGCUGAUCCGAUACUGCAGCUAGCGGGCGCAGUGAAGCAGCUGUGUGACAGCGCCCGGCGAGCGCGCUGCGCGAUGUGGUGCGACCUCACGCUCACUGUGGCCCUCGCGCCCGCACACACCGAACACUCCCCUCAGUAUUCGAACAACCAGUCACCGAAGCAUUCUCCGGAUUCACAAUUAAACAACAACAACAAUAAUAAUAAUCCGGGAAAACCAAAUGGUGACAAUAAAGAGAACAAGCCGAGCGCCGACUCGCCGAAAUCUGACAACGGUACAGAGAAACAGACGAACAAACAAAACGACAAAGAGAAGAAUCGCCGCGCGCAAAACUACAGGCACAAAAUUAAUAAUCAACGUAACGAUUUCUAUCAGAAGAAUCAGAGGUACGACAAUCGAUUUAUGAGACAUCCAUAUCACUAUUUGGCCACCGGGCCCAUUAAUUAACGGCCGUUAAAUUGUUGUUAAACGCCAUUUAUUGUGAUUAAAUUUGUUCGUUACAAUGUAGGAAGAAAUAAUAAAUGAGGUUAGCCGCUGUUGUUCAGUAUUUAAUGGCGGUUAACUCACUUAUUUUUAUUUCAUUCUCAUAAAUUAUUAUUGAUAGAUGUUGUAUCUGACGUAUUUUAUUGAGUUUAUAAUUAAACAUGUCAAAUUAUCUUUGCUCAAAAUUGUUAAUUCCUAUA